AAAAUUGCUGGAGCAGCGAUCGCCUCAGUGGUGCAGGUGCUCUGUCUCGGAGAGAGGAUGCGAAAGGAGAGAAGGGGUGGGAAAGGAAUGAAGGGACGCGCUGAAGAAAACGUGCACGGGGCAUGAAUAAAAGGGUGUCAGUGGGAGAUUGUGCGUUCGCCGUCAAAAGGGCUCGGCUAUGAAAGAUUUAUUGAAAGGGGCACUUUGAGAUAUAAUGAGGUUUCUUUCUGGUUGGCGAUAGUACUAUGAUUUGGUAUGUGGCUACUUUGAUAGCAAGUGUAUUCAGCACCCGAGGAACGGCAGCUCAAGGUGCCCACGGAGUCCGAGAGGAGCCCCAGUUUGUGACGGCGCGCGCAGGAGAGAGCGUGAUUCUGGGAUGUGACGUGUCGCACCCGCUCAACGGCCAGCAGGCGCCCUACGUGGUGGAGUGGUUCAAGUUUGGAGUGCCCAUCCCCUUCUUCAUCAACUUCCGCUUCUACCCUCCGCAUGUGGACCCAGACUACGCCGGCAGAGCCAGCCUGUACGGGAAGGCCUCGCUGCGGAUCGAACGCUUGCGCUAUGAGGACCAGGGCUGGUACGAGUGCAAGGUCCUGAUGCUGGAGCAGCAGGCCGACACCUUCCAGAACGGCAGCUGGGUGCACCUCACCGUCAACGCUCCUCCCACCUUCACGGACACACCCCCGCAGUACGUGGAGGCCAAGGAAGGGGGCAGCAUCACCUUGAGCUGCACUGCCUUUGGGAACCCCAAGCCUGUGGUCAGCUGGCUUAGAGAAGGAGAGACGCUGGUGGACAGUGAGAAAUACAAGGUAAGCGACGGAAGUGUGACGGUUCGGUCGAUCCACCGCGAGGACAGGGGGGCCUACACAUGCCGCGCCCACAGCGUCCAGGGAGAGGCCGUCCACACAACCCGCCUGCUCGUUCAAGGACCGCCAUUUAUUGUGUCUCCGCCCGAAAACAUAACUGUAAACAUAUCCCAGAAUGCACUCUUCACCUGUCAAGCAGAGGCGUAUCCUGGCAACCUGACCUACACCUGGUUUUGGGAGGAAGAUAAUGUCUACUUCAAGAAUGACCUGAAGCUCAGGGUGAGAAUUCUGAUUGAUGGAACCCUCAUCAUCUUCCGGGUGAAGCCCGAGGAUGCUGGGAGAUACACCUGCAGCCCAAGCAACAGCCUCGGACACGCGCCGAUCGCGUCCGCGCACCUUACCGUCCAGUACCCUGCCAGAGUCGUGAACAUGCCGCCCGUCAUCUACGUCCCGAGGAAACUGCCAGGGUUCAUUCGCUGCCCAGCGGACGCCAACCCGCCCGUGACGCUGGUCAAGUGGGAGAAAGACGGAUACCCGCUCAGAGUCGAGAAGUACCCCGGCUGGAGCCAGUUGGAGGACGGGAGCAUUCGCGUGGAGGAGGUGACGGAGGACUCUCUGGGUACCUACACUUGUGUGCCUUACAACAUCCUGGGCACCAUGGGGCAGUCGCCCCCCGCCACCCUGGUGCUGAUGGAUCCCCCCUAUUUCAACGUUCGUCCCGGGGGAGAGUACCGGCAGGAGGCCGGGAGGGAGCUGGUCAUCCCCUGUGCUGCGUCCGGAGACCCCGAGAUCCCCACCAUCAUGUGGAGAAAAGUGGGGAAGCCCAGCAGAAGCCAGCACACCAUCCUGCCAUGCGGCAGUCUGCAGUUCAGCUCCCUCAGCAAGGAGGACCACGGGGAGUGGGAGUGCGUCGCCACCAACGUCGUCACCAGCAUCACUGCCAGCACCCGCCUCCUCGUCAUCGGCACAAGCCCACACGCCCCCACCAACAUCCACGUCUCCGUCUCCACCACCACGGCCAACGUCUCCUGGGAGCCCGGAUACGACGGCGGAUUCGAGCAGACAUUUUCAGUCUGGUACGGCCCUGUGGUGAAGCGGGCGCAGUUUGGGCCGCACGACUGGCGCUCGGUCGCCGUGCCCGGCGCCCGGAACUGGCUGCAGGUGCAGGGGCUGGAGGCGGAGACGGCGUACCAGUUCAGCGUCCUGGCACAGAACAAGCUGGGCACCGGCCCCUUCAGCGAGGUCGUCACUGUGAACACGCUAGUAUUUCCUAUAAGUACCCCUGAAACACUGGUGCUGCUUACCCCACCAAGGUGCCUCACAGCCAAUCGGACACAACAGGGAGUCCUGCUGACAUGGCUCCCUCCAGCCAAUCACACCUCACCAAUCAACCAUUACAUCAUGGAGUUCCGCCUGGUGGAGAGGUGGGAUGUCUUAGAUGAUGCAAUCCCAGCUGGAGAGACUGAGCUGCUGGUAAAAGACCUUGUCCAGGACUCGUGGUACGAGUUUCGGGUGAUGGCCGUCAUGGAGAACGUGGUCAGCGAGAACAGCAACAUCGUGGGAGUGUCAAGUACAGAUUUGUUCUCCGCCCCGGAGAUGGUGGACGAGGGCCUGGCGCGGCCGGUGGUGGCGGGCAUCGUGGCCACCAUCUGUUUCCUGGCGGCCGCCAUCCUCUUCAGCACGCUGGCGGCCUGCUUCGUCAACAAGCAGCGCCGCCGCAAGCUCAAGAGGAAGAGAGAUCCUCCCCUUUCGAUAACGCACUUCAGAAAAAGCAUAGAGACACCGAUCCCUCUUACCCCCUUGCCUGGCAUUGAGCCCUACUGGGAGGGGCCAGACGAGAGCAGCUACAGGCCCCCGCACACCAGUCCUCAGUCCUCCUCUGGGAAGGCGAGCCCGGAGAGCGUGCGCUCGCUGGGCCCCAUGUCCGAGUCGUCGGAGGACGGGCGCCGGCUGCCCAGCCCCGCCAAGGAGAAGGAGCUGUCGCUCUACAAGAAGACCAAGCGCGCCAUCGCCAGCAAGAAGUACAGCGUGUCCAAGCACGAGGCGGAGGCGGCCACGCCCAUCGAGCUCAUCAGCCGCGGGCCCGACGGCCGCUUCGUCAUGGAGGCCGGGAGCCCCGAGACGCCCGCCCGGCCCCGCCGCAUCCAGGGCUUCCCCUUUGUGGAGGAGUCGGACCUGUACCCCGAGUUCCGCCAGUCGGACGAAGAGAACGACGACGAGGACGACCCGGGGCCCAUGCCCCCCGUCAUGCCCACGCUGCGGCCGCACCAGAUCUCGCCCGUGUCCUCCAGCCAGGAGAGUUACGCCCAGCCCCCGGCCUACAGCCCCCGCUUCCAGCGGCCCAUGGAAGGUAUGAUCCUGACGGAGGGCGGCCGGCUGCAGGCCGUGGGGCAGAGCAGGGUGGGCCAGCACCUGAGGCUCUUCCCCCACGCCCACUUCUACAGUUACCGCGGCAGCAGCCCCGGGGAACCCGAGUUCCCGCCCCCAUUCUACAUGCCUGACAUCAGCCCGCACAGCUCUGUCAUGUCCUCGCCCCCUCCCUUCGGCUACCCCACCAUCCCGGAGGAAGGCGGGGAGGGCGAGGGGGGGGGCUACGCCACGGCAUCCGGCAGCACCCUCCCCCUGUCCCGCACCCCUUCCGCCCGCUCCCCGGAAAUCUGGCGCCAGCCCCAUUUCCCCUUCACCGGGCUGGAGGGGCCCCGCCUCAUCUUCCCUCCGCUCCACCCCCCGCAUCCUCACCGGGACCUCCCCGAGCCUCCCCCCCUACCUCCUCCUCAGACCUCCCCCCUGGGUGGGCUCCCGUUCCCCCCCUACCCGGGCGCCCUCCCCCUGGAGGCCCCGCAGGGCGGCCUGAGCCCAGAGAAGCCUCCCUUUAGGGCCCUGGGCCCCCCGGCCAAGCGUUUAGCUAUGCAAGAGGCGCAGAGUCUAGGGCAGCUAAGACACACCAGCCAAGGUCUGGGCGUACCGGUAUUGCCUUACCCCGACCCGGCGGCCCACAGGGGCAGCCCAAGCACAAUCGGCGGGCCGGACCCGCGGUGGUACGAGCCCCCGGCCCGGCUCAGCCCCCGGGCGGCCCGGCGGACGGACCCUAGCCUGCAUCAGGUGGUCCUCCAGCCGUCGCGGCUCUCCCCGCUGGCCGGGAGCCCCCCCAGCUCUCACGAGAGCUCCCCGGAGAUCGUGGUCCGUCCCCGGCCCCGCCCCGGCCCCGGCCCCAGCUCCGCCCAGCCCGCCGAGAUGACCGAAAUCGCCCUGCAGCCCCUGGCCACCGCCAUCGCUGCCGCUGCCGCCGCCGCUGCCGCCGCCGCCGUCUCCCCCUCGCAGGGCCGGCGGGCGGGCCCCCCCAGCUACCGCUCCACCAUGGCGUUUGCCACCGCGGCCGCCAGCUACCCGUCCCAGUCCCCGUCGCCCCCCACGGAGAGCAGCGACGUUUUCGGGCAGAUGCCGUCCCAGAGGAGGACAGAGGAGGAGAUGCUGCCGUCAGAGCCUUCUCCACACCAGUCAGCUGCAGGGAAACAUCUAGGUGCUUUGAGUGCUCCUGCUGGGUCUGAGAGCGUUGACGCACUGAGGUACCGACACGUUAAAAAAGCCAAGAAGAUGGCCACCAACAACGCCAAAUCCAAGCAGAAACCAGGUGUGUGCAUCUCUCAGACCAGGCAGCUCCACGCCUCUCAGGUUCUCCAGCCCGAGGAAGCUCUCUACCUCCGCAAGGCGAAGAAGCGCUCCGCCCGGCAGGCCCCCUACGCCCGCCUGUCCGCCCUCCUCUACCGCCGCCCGCCCCGGGACGACCAGAAGGCCAUUCUGGCCAGCAUGGACACCGCGGACCUGGACAACAUCACCCCUCUCUGAGACCGGGCGCGCCCUCCCCCCCAGCGGAGACUGUGACCGCGCGGCUCUGCCGCGUCUACAGUAACCCAUCCCCAUCCCUCACCACCCCAACCAUCAGGUCCACUGAUUUUCCCUUCCAUUGUUCUUUCUCUGAUCAUUUAAAAGGAGUAAUCCCCCCCCCCCCGUCUUCCUAGACUUUUACUCCAGUGCAAAGACGAUGAAAUUUAAAUGUAUUUAAAGUGCGGUAAACGUGAAUUCUGCCAGUAAUCAACAUUUAGCCCGAAGGGACCGUAUGUGCUGAUUGAAAUACACAAGUUACAGCAUCCAAGCCGAGAGCCGAGAUAUAAUUACCCCUGGUUUUUUUCAAAACUGCCUCUCCUCACGGGAGAGUGGUUUCUUACAGUUGCAGAAACCUCACAUUGCAACCUGGCAAAAAGGAGCAGUGGGGAAAAGAAAAUAAUGGAUUGUUCUAAAUUUAACAAAAUGGAGUCGUUGUGAUUUAAAGAGUUGAAUUCAUCCAGGACAACCAAUGCCCUAAUGACCUGAAACCCAGCAUUGGCUCUCUGCACAGAACAAGCAGACAGCCUAAAUCUGUCAAAUCCCUCUAUUAGCAUGGAGGGUGACGAUUAUAUCUUCUUUUUAAAUACAAUGUUAAUUCAAUUCAGUUUUAUUUUAUUUGUGUUGCACUUUUUACAGAGCACUGUCACAAAGACACUUUACAGAGUAGCAAGGCAAGAGAUAGAUCAAAAAGAGCAAACAGAACAAACAUCUAAUGAAUGAUAUCCAAUGAAUAUUAAAUAUUAGUGUUGUAUGGUGAUUUAUUUUUGGGUUAAAAAUAUGAAUAUUAGAUUUUUAGGUUAACCUAACCUUUAAGGUUAUAAAUGAAGUGAACCUUUGAAGUGAACCCAGCCAUCAACUGUAGUGCAGUAUGGUGUAUGUGAUGCUGGAAAGGUUUAUGUUUUGUUUAUUUAUUGAAUAGCACUUUCUCUUAAAAUGAAUGGCAAUUUUGAAAGAACCCAGAGGUAAUCGCACUUGGUUUGCAUAACUACAGUAUUUUCCAUGAAAUGUAGUGUAAGUGGGAACAGCCAACUGCAAAGCUGGUUCAUAACAUAUUCCAUUACAUGUCAUAAGAGACACCAGUCUCGUACAAGGAACAGACUUCUUUGCUUCUACAGUAUAUACCUCAGAGUAUUUGCACAAUUCAGGUUGCUGCAGUUAUACUUGAGACCGUUUAUAACUAGAGAGACUAUACACUUGGUUUCCUAGUCCUUCCCGGUCCUUCCCAGGAAUUUCAGUUAUUACAGUAUUUAACAUGUUCAACUUGUAAUAGGGUCACAGUGACAGUGCAUUCACUUCAACAAAGCAGGGACAGUAUUUUCAAUGUACAAAUUCAAAACUGCAUGGUAUCUUUUCAGUACGCCAUGGCAUUUGCAGUGUAUCAUUCAUUCAUGUUUCAUACUCUUUUUAUGACAUCACAGUGCACAAAGGACUGGCGUUGAUUCUGUGGUUAAUUUAGUCAAUAUUACAUAUUGAUCUUCCGCACAGGGAUGCAUUGAUUCCGUAUUUGUGUGUUUUAUCAUAUCUCCUCAAAAACAGCGACACGAAGAGCAGGAAACUUCCAUAUGCCAGGGCUUUUCAUUUUGGUGAUUGAUGUUUUAUUUUUAUUAUUUUUUGUCUUUUCUCAGCUUUGUCAGACAGCAAAUCAGUGCUAUCUAUUAUUACUUGACUGUUGCUGUCAUACACUGCUUACAGUCAUCAAUCAAAGGGAAACGGUGAGAGUCUUUCCAAUGCAAAGCACAAUAAAAAAAAAUUUAAAAAUACAUUUGAAAAGUUGACUUUGGAAACAAGGGGAGGCACGUGUCUCUGAAAAACAAGUACAUGUAGAUGUACUGUACACACACACACACACACACAUAUACACACACAGACAAUGUUGAUACUGCAUUAUAAAACCGUAUAAAAAUAAAGGCUUUAGAAUUUGAACAGUUAACAGUUGCUAUUGCUCAGCUUUAAACAUGUGGUGUUGUGCACUUUUUCCUUGUUAAAUUAAAGCUGUUGCACUGGAGCAAAAUCUUUGGCAUUAUGUACCAUUCUAAUGAAAACAGUGUGAUAUCAUAUUACCAUCUUUAUCACAUGUUUGAACUGAUGGGAUUCCUCACCUUACAUGUACAAUGCAAGACAACCGGUGUUGUGGUAAUGCCAAAAACGCUACAUCUCCAUUAACCGAUUCAACAACAAUAACAAUGUACUGUAAUUUGACGAGCCUAAGAUUUUGUGCCAUAGUGUACUGUAAUACUUUUCAUUUUUAUGAGAGAGACCUUCAAAAAUCACAGAGGGCUCAUGAGAUCAAGAAAAGCUUGUUUCUUUUUGUCUGUUUCACUUUUGUCUUUAUUCUUAUUCUGUUUUUUUUUGGGGGGGGGGGGGAAUCUAGAUAACUAACUGCCUUUGUUAGCCUUUAGAAGCCUAGGUGAUCUUUUUUAUUGUACUUUUCUUUAAAUUGACUGUUAGUAUUUUGUCUCAGUUUGCCUGGUCACAGCCUACAGGAACAUGCUCUCCUGUAUGGACAAAAAGAAAAGAUAAACAUGCUGAAGUAUAGAGGCAUGCUAUUGUUUCUUCAACUUUAAAUGGUGCUAGACCUGUGUAGAACCGUAUGUAUUUUCCAGUCGGAAUGGAAAUGUCUAUACAGAACAACACUAUGUUUUAUGUGCAUUGCUGGUGGGAAGGGUUGGG